CCACUUUCUUUGUCUUUCAUUCUGAUUUCUGCAGCCUUUCUCCAAACGCAAUCUCCACUUUCAAGUUUGUUAGCGAAUACAGUAAAAUUAAUUUGGUGAAAUUUGAAUUCUAAAGUUUCAAAAAUGAAAGUUUAAUUAUAAAUUAAUUAAUCAUUAUUAUAUCAUAAUAACACCGAUUUGAAGACAAUUAAUCAUUAUGAUUCUGUACAAAUGCAAGUUUAAAUAUAAAUUAAUCAACUCUCUCAAAACACACACACUGUUUCUCAGCUUUACCUCUUUUUUGUCUUGUCUCUUGCACUCAAAAUUGUCCUUUUUGUGCUUUUAGCUUCCACACUCCCACUGUGGCUCUCCAUAAUAAUUUUGAAAAAGCACUGUCAGUUGUACAUCUCCUGUCUGUCUACUUCAUUUUCUGUAAGUUACCUUGUACAAUUUUAGCUUGAAAAUUUGACUUGUUGUAAGUGUAUACAUUGACUUGUUGGAACAUGGGGUUUUCCUGUCGGUGGACCUUUUGCUGUACUAUUGCCCCAAUAUUAGAUUUCUUUUAAUGGUAGAUCUAAUUUUUCAAUGUGGGUUGGUGGGGUCUUCAUUGUUUUAGUUCAAAUUCUGGUUCACUCACCUUUCACAUUUAGAUUCAAGUUUUUUCAAGUUUAUGUCAUAGAAUUUAAUUUUACUCUGCUUCUUUAAGAAAUAUUUUAGGCAAUCUUGCUUAAAUUUUAGUUCACAUUAACUAUAAUAUGUUUGCUUCUGAAAAUCUUGAUCAGCUGAUGUAUUGAUUUGGUAGCUAUUUUGUGUUAUUUUUGGUGUAAAUGUUUUAUUUCUUCAUCAAUCAAAUGAAUUCUUAAUAGAAGUCAAGUAUGUUAGAUGGGAGUAUCCUAAUAUAGGGAUAAUGUAAUUUAGUGUUUUUUUACCAGAAUUGAGUGCUUUUGAGAGAUCAAGAUGGAGGGAGGUGAAGAUGCUAAUGUCUUGCUGGAGUAUGUUGAAUUUCAGAUUUUCCCGAGCCAGGGCAGGUAUGAGACACGUAUGUGCUAUGGCAACAAGGUAGAGGCAGCAUCCUCUGGGCUUCUGGAGCAAUUAGUACUACAUUCUCCCAAAAUCAAGUCAUUGCACUCCAAAGGCUCGGAUUCCAGCUUCAAAUUUAAGCCCCUGGGAAAUCUUAGUGAUGCCAAAUGGUUUACGAAAUCCACUUUAACCAGGUUUCUUCGUAUUAUCAGUUCAUCAAAUAUAGUUAAUGUGGCCAAGGCAAUGGUAAAUGAAAUAUCACAGCUUGAAGAUGCUCGAAAGUUUCAUCUUUCUUUAUACACAAAGGGUCCUCAAGAUCAUACUGGGAGUGGGGAAACAGCAGAUGUCAGCUACUCAAAUUGUGUGGCACCAACAGUUGAUGCUGAUGAUAACCCAUCGUCAACAGAUGCUGCUUCCAAGAAUGAAUUGUUGCGAGCAAUGGACUUGAGGCUCACUGCAUUAACAGAGGAAUUAGCUACGGUUUUUGACCAAGCUGUUGGCACCAAAUGCUCUUUGGGGGAUAUCACUAACAUAGAAAAGUUCUCUAACUAUUUUGGAGCUGUUAACUUAAGGAACUGUCUGCAGAAGUUUGUUGCAUUGAGACAGGAGAACACAAAUUGUGAUUCUCUUGGUAAAGAGCCACCUCUCUCCAACACCGAUGUCAGGAACGAAAAAGCUGGUCCAGUAUGGAGUACUUCUAAGACAUCCAGACCGUCACAGUCAGAUACAGCUGUGAAAUAUAGUGCCUCGCCUGCUCAAGCUGCUCAGCUUGAGAGGCAAAGCUCAUCAGCAAGUGAGGAAUCAUCUUCGACUAGUGAGGAGGAACAACCAUCGGUGGAAAGGAGUCGGACCUUUAUAAGAACUGCAUCACCAAGGAGGUCUGCAUCUCCUAUGCGAAGAGUCCAAAUUGGACGCUCUGGAUCACGGCGAUCCACUGCUUUAACAAUAAAGAGUCUGAAUUUCUUUCCUGCCAGGGAAAGGUCAGUUUCUCAUAUAGAUGAAUCUCCAAGUGAUUGUGAUGAGGAAGAACGUGAGCAAACCUCAAAAAAAUCUGAGAACAAUGUACAAAGAAUGAGCGUGCAAGAUGCAAUUCAUCUCUUUGAAAACAAACAGACAGGUCAAAAAGUAGAUUUUCAGAAGACAAAGUCAUUAUUGAAUGUCUCAGUUACUAAGAAGGAGGUAUUAAGAAGAUGGAGUUCAGGGGUGUGUGAAAGUGCUAAUCCACUAAAUGUUGCUUCUGGUGAUCUGGCUUCCCUCGCAGCCAAGAAAUUGGAAGAUCAAGAAACCAAGAGCGCUUCAGAAAUGAAGCAGGAUUCUUAUACUACUCCCGAAACCUAUGAUGCUGAGGCUGUUGACAAUGAUUUCAAAUCAAACUUACCUGAAGAAAGAGCAUCUAGUCCAGAGAAAAUGAGAAAGGAAUCUUUCCCUAACCAAGAUGAAGAGAUAGAUCAGAAAUUAAAUGCCUCAGUCGAAUGGACUCGAAAAAAGGAAGCAGAACUAAACCAAUUGCUGACGAGAAUGAUGGAAACCGAGCCUGCCAAAUAUCAGAACUUGGCACCUGGUGCUAGCAAACUCCAACGUGUGCCCAAUGAGCGUAGAGGUGGUUUCUAUGAUCAUUAUAAAGAAAAGAGGGAUCAUAAACUUCGUGGUGAAACUACCAGGAAGCAAACAGAGAAGGGAAAGCAAUUUAAAGCACUGCAACAAAUUCUUGAUGAGAGAAAAGCUGAAAUGGUCUCAAGAAAAGUGAGUAAUGAUAAUAAAAAGUCAAAUAUAAAGAGAACACAGAAAGCAGUGAAGAACUUUCCUGUAUCUGCCAAUCCCAGAAGUGGAACUCCUAAUCCUGCAGUUGUAAAGAAAAUUCCAGCAAAAACAUCACUGUUGCCAGCUACCCGCAAGUCAUGGACAUCUGCACCUUCACCAAGGGCUCCAGAGAUAUCACCUGCUAAAACUCCUGUAGGUACUACACCUACCCGUAGAAUAUCACAGCCAGCACCAACCGCUCCUCGGUCAAGCCAAAAGGUUGAGAGAUUACAUCCAAAAACAGUGAGAGCAACUGAGAAUGGUACCAAAAAAACUGUUAAAGGUGUAAGUGAAAAAAAGUUGGAGACUAUGACAAAAACUAGCAAACCUAGAAGAUCCAAAGUUCAGCCUGCAUCUGAAGAUUCUGCCUUCUCAGCCAAACCUAAGCUCCACAAGGUAACAAAGAAAAGUAGUGUGGUACCUAUGGAAUCAAAGGAGCUAAAGCCUUUCCUUCGUAAGCGCUCAGGCACUGGAUCUACUUGUAACUCUGGUAUUGGUCCAGUGAUCAAGGUUAAAGUUUCAUCUCAGCCUGAAGAGUGUGUGAUGGACUCUGCAGAUUCGGUUCAAAUGGAAGUGAAAGGGAUGGAUUCUGUUUCUUUUGAUACUGUUAAUCAAGUGCAGGAUAGGGGUCUUGAAGAUUUAAAAGUUCACGAGGAUAAAAACUCUAAAGCUCGGGCAAAGAACGCCCAGAAAUGCGAAAACACAGAAAGUUUUGAUAUGGUCACUCCAAAUGGCACAGAUGAUUUUGGAAGGAUUGAAGAUUCUACCCCAAAAGAAGAGGUCGAAGGAGAACCAAACAUCUCACCUAGUGCCUGGGUGGAAAUAGAGGAGCUCGAGGAUCAGUCUUUUCCAAGUAAUGGUGAUUUCUGUAAUAAUGAUUCUCUGGGUGACAUUGCACCUGUAAGAGUCUCAAGUCCACGAGUUCGUCAUUCUCUUUCUCAAAUGCUGCUCGAAGACAAUGGCGAAACUGAUGUUAUUGAUUGGGAUAAUGCUGAGAAUACACCAACCAUGAUCUAUCAGAAGGAUGAACCUAAAGUUUUAAAGCGGCUUCUGAAGUUUGCUCGGAAGGGUAAGACUGAUGCAAAUUCAACUGGUUUGUCAAGCCCCUCUGUAUUUUCUGAAGGAGAGGAUGAUCGAGAGGAUUCUAAAGUUCUUAUUAAGAGAAGUUCGGACAAUUUAUUGAAGAAGGCUACACUUCAUGCACAAAACGUUGGCCAACAAAAAUCUUCAUCAUCUGAAAUGUACGAGCUAUCUGCAUCAACUAAUAUAGGCAAAAUCGCUGCUAAGAAAUUGCAAGAGGGACAUAUCUCAGCAUCAGCGACUACAACAAAAGCAACAAGAUCAUUCUUCUCUCUUUCAGCAUUCAAAGGAAGUAAACAAAAUGAUGCAAAGCUUCGAUGAGAAACCUGCUUUAAUAUAUAGGGGGAUAAAAUGUUGUUAACUGCCCCUCACCUUCAUCAUCCUUAUGCACUUUGCCGAAUCAAGAAGCAUAUAAGAGGGAAAAAGGUGGAUGAUGAUGAUGCAGUCACUUGCAAUAUGGAAGAAGACGAUCCUAUGGAAACAAUUCAGGUAUGUUGCUUGAACCUGAUGUUGCAUGUAACCGCGAAGGAGAUAUUGGAAGCAAUGAUUUAUGGGAAACGAUGAUGAAUAAUAGAAUAUUGAAAGACAUUACAGUUGAUCCUAUAUUAUUGUAAUUAUAUGCGUUAUUUUUUUGUGCGAUUAUAGUUGUUUAGGUUUCUUAAAUCCCAAACAAAUGGGUAAAGAAAUUGAUUUUGCUAUAUAAAUUUGUGUAUAUGUUAUUUUAGUUGAAUAAGCCGCUUAAAUGAAUGAAAUACAAAUUCUUCAUCA